AUGAUUUUGAAGGAUGACUUCACAAGGCGUGCAUGGAUGUAUUUCCUAAGAAGUAAAUCAGACGCUGGCAGUGCUUUCCGAAGUUUUCUUGCGAAUGUGCGUGCUGAUGGGAUCCCAUCAUUGAUUGAGAUUGUUAGAUCUGACAAUGGAGGGGAAUGUUUCGGUGGAGAAUUUGCAUCUGUGUGCAAUGAGCUCUUGAUUAAACAAGAGUUCACCCCGGCUCACAGUCCCGAAUUCAAUGGUGUUGCGGAACGUGGUUUGGGAUUGAUAGAAGAGGCCGCAAUGGCGGCUCGUAUUCAGGCGAAAGUUCUGUUUGNUUGUAAAUGCCAGCGACCGUCUAAGCUGCUACCGAAGGAGGAGGAAGGGGAGGAAAGUGACGACGAUGUAGAAGCUGAGGGAGGGCAGGAAACGGGGGAAGUAGAGUCCGAAGAUCCGGGAGAGCAUGAUGAAGUAGAGUCGGAGGAUCCGGGAGGGCAUGAAGAAGAGUCUAUGGAUCAGGGAGGGCAGGAUACAGAGUCGGCGGGGCCGGGAGGGCAGGAAGUAGAGGUGGAGGCAUCUCCUCCAGCCGCUCGCCGUCCGCAGCAUGUCGUUGACUUUGCUGAUUUUAGUACUGCUGCGCGUGAGAGUGAUGAGGCNCUAGCAGCAAAACUCCCAGAAGGUUGUAACGUGAUUGAUGCUAGAUGGGUUUUCAAAUGGAAAGCAGACGAAACAGGAAAGAUAGUAAAGGCCAAGGCUAGGCUUGUAGCGAAGGGCUUCAAGCAGAAGCAUGGGGUGGACUAUCUUGAGACUUUCUCGCCUACUGCAAAUGCUGCAUCGAUUCGAUUGGUAGUAGCAUUUGCGUGCAAGUAUAACAUGGAGUUACUCCACUUAGAUAUUGAGGAAGCCUUUGUUCAGUCGAAAUUGGAGGCGAGCGAGGCUGGCACGACUGAGAUUUCUCAAGAGAGUUACAUCAGGAGUGUUCUAGAGAGAUUCAAUAUUUGUCGCACCAGCUCGAUCCCCGCUUCCCCUGCCAACGAUAGCAGGUCCGUGAUGGAGGAUGAGGAGGCAGGAGAUGUGCCGUUCAGGGAAGUGGUGGGAUGCCUGAUGAUGUGGAUCGCCAACAAUACGAGGCCAGAAACUUCGAACGCUGUGCGGACGGUGGCAAGACACUCUCACGAGCCCAAGAAGAGUGACUGGAAGGCAGCCCAGAAGAUUUUGAGUUAUCUUAAGGAAACGGCACAUCUAACUCUGAAGUACAAGCAGGACACUACGGUAGACGUAGGCACGUUAGUGUACGUAGACGCUGACUUUGCCAGCAAGGCCACUGACCGUAGAUCAGUUUCUGGAGCAUUAGUUCUUGUGACGGUGUCAAGGAGGCUCUCUUUGUGA